GAAAAUUCAAGUUUUCUGUUAGUAGCGUUCUUGUUCUCGCAGCGCGGAGUCGAUUCUCUUCGUUGUCGUGGAGUGUGAGUGUUACGUACGACGUCAGGUGCGUUAUCAGAAGAGCCUGCCGUGUGCUGUGAUAAGGAAAAGCUGGAUCGGUGCGUCACUGUGGCUCGAGAGCUGUGAACGGACGGAGAGUAGCAGCAGUAGCAGGUGCAAAAACAAGCGUUCUGUUGCUUAAAGAGUGGUGCAAUUGUUCCGAAAAACUGUGCCUCUGCUAGUGGCGAAAAAAUUCGAGUGAUUUGUGUACAGGAUAAAGAAAUAAUCGAAUGAAAAUGAGUGCGAAUGUGUCGUCAUUGUCGCGAGUAUCUGCAUUCGUGUUCCAACAGUGUACUCGAAAUACUUCUGGGGCUGCAGUACCGAUUGCAGCUGCAGCCACAAAGUGUGAACAGCAGCUAAAAGAGUCAGUUUUCUGUAAUUCGUCACCUCCGAGAAGGAAUAGUCACACAGUGGCAUGCAGAAGUGCCAGCAGAACCACUUGUAGGAGUAAGCUUAGUCUCAAACCGAACAGCAUCAGCUUGAGCAGGAUGUUUCUGCCCUUAUCCAUGGCAAGUAGGCGACCUUACACGCAGGCAGCAUCCACAUUAACAAGGGAGCAACUGCACGACCUGGUGUACCGCCUCAACGAAGAUGAAAGGGAAUUGCUGAUGAAUACGCUAAAGCAAUUCGAAUCGAACAAGCAGAAAGCCCAAUUUGAAGGACAGCUGGCAGCAACGGCUUGGCGAAGUAGGUUCGGUCGGCCAGCGAAACUGAAACCGGCUCUAGGGGACGUAGAUCCUACCGGUUCCUACUGUGCGGUACCGGAAGAUUGGCUGCAGAAAAAGUUUGCGGAAACGGUACCACCACCACCUCCGAGAGACUUGUUUCAAUUGGGACUUGUGAAUGCUCUACCAUUCAUCGGAUUCGGUUUCCUGGAUAAUUUCACCAUGAUUAUAGCGGGAGACUACAUCGAACAUACGCUCGGUUUGUUUAUGUGCAUUUCCACUAUGGCAGCGGCCGCUUUGGGUAACACAAUCAGCGACGUAAUUGGCAUCGGUUCGGCAUUCUACGUGGAGAAGCUAGCGGAAAUGAGUGGCGUUAAUCCGCCGAAGCUGUCUCCCAUUCAGCUCGAGAUGAAAUCGAGCCGGCAGGCGGCUAACAUGGGACGUGUCAUAGGCAUAACCAUUGGCUGCUUGCUGGGAAUGUGUCCGCUGCUGUUCAAAAGCGACGAAGAUAAGGAUGGAAAACCCAAUGAAGACAAAAGUGUCAAGGCGGAUAAAAAAUAAGAAGUCAAGGAUUGUGAAAAGGCACUUCUCCUACGCCGUUGAGUACCGAGAAGGGAACGUCGAAUUUAGUCAUUUAUUCUAGCACAGCCGAUUUAAUGUUUUAUGCGAAAAAGAAAACACUUUCGACAAUGGCCACUUGUUACGUUAACCUGUAAUGUAGCUGGUACUUAGUUACAGUAUGCGAUAAUCGAAUUUUGUAAAUAAUUUGUUCUAUCUAAAUAGUAUUUAAAUAUAGUUACCUCUAUAUAACAAAUGACACAUUUAAAAUUCGGGUUCUAAUUAGAUAUCGUUAUUUAUUUGAUUUGUGCGUUACCAAAAGGUGAUUGUACAUAUUAUAAAAAUGGUUUUAAGUACUAAAAGAUGAGCGAAUAAAUCUUUUCCAUUAUUAACGAAUGCUCAAAUUAGCUAUUUUUCUACAAAUUGAUAUUAGAAUCAUAAGCCACUGUUACUAUGUACUUGUUGAUAACAAAACAGAGCGCCUCCAUUAAUCCUAGUGCGCUUCUUCCGUAGACCUAAAGCUGUUUAAUUAUUUUUUUCAAUCCGUUAUUCGCAUCGAAGACGUCUGUUGCACUGUUUAGCCGAUAUUAUUGAAAGUAACAAGAAUACUAUGGAAAUUGUAGAAAGCCGACCAUUAUAUUAGACAAAACACCAAAACAAGUGAUUUUUCAUAUCACUUAUCUAUUCCUUUAAUUUGUGAUCAACACAAAACCAAACUAAAUCAAGCGGUAAAAAUGACUAACAGUAGAUGUGACCAUUAUAUCGAGAAUAUUAUAUAAAAAACUCUAAUUGUAGCAAGUAACCACCAAAUUGAAUGAGACAAGAUAACACCUAGUAUACAUGCCAACCGGGACCGAACUCUUUAUCAAAAAGCGCAAUCUUUUUGAUUUAAUGUAAUGACAAACCGUGGAGUGUAUAUUACUUUCUCGGGGAUCAAAACAAAUCCAUUCUCACGAAAUGAAAAACAAAAAAAAACAUAUUGAGCUUUUUUGUGCACCAAACAACAACAAAGAGAGUUGAUCACCAAAACAAUAUAUUAUAGUAGAAAAUCGUAGAUAUCACAAUCUCACAAUUGAAUUAGAUGAAGUAAACAAAGGAGUUAUUUUUUCUGCUGUCUCAUUGUCUUAUUAUGCUGAAUUGUAAUUUUUUGGUUAUUUUUCCCUUAUCGUGGUUAUUCAGAACCGUCGGGAAAGUUUGUCAUUUCUGUCAAAUGAAAAUUGACAACAAAACACUUUCUAACCCCUUCUAUUUUUUCUUCUUAGAAAGAGAAUUACUUAAAACAUGUCAUUACACAAGUUUUUCUGCGAUCAUAGCGAAACCUCUCUUCCAACUAAAAGUGCUUGAGUGAACAACUGAAUUGUUCACUACAUACCUGUGGUGUGAUUUUAACCAACGUUUGUUAUGGUUCCUUUUCGUAGUAUUUUUUAGCAUAGAUUUGUCUGUUUGAUACGUAUCUUAACUUUCUUUUUCAUCAACUGCAAUAAAUCGACUAACUAAUCCUACAAACACCCCGUUCUUAUAUCACCCUGCCUUACAAAUAACAAACACUAUUAGAAGCUAACCUAUUGUUAAACCUCGAAAAAUAACAACGUAGAGAAUAGUAGGUAAUGUGAAGCAAAAAAAACGAAGCGAAAAACUAUUUCGGAAUGUUUGGAACUCUUUGAGAGGACUCUAUUUUAUAUACCACUAUUAUUAUUCAUCGUAGUGUUUCCGAAAAUUAGAGCUCUAAGAAAACGGAUUUCGUGCAGGAUCGUUGGUAGCAAUCUACAAAAUUCCGAAGAAUAAUUUACCUACUUAAGGAGAACCAGUCGCUUGGAGCAAAACAGUGGUUUUUAUCAGUCAUAGAGUUUACUUCGAUGAACUAUAAAUGCGUGUGUAUUAGGUACAUUGUAGCGUACAAGAGUAGCGUUAAUUGACUGUAUGCGGUUCUUCCAUGACAAUGUAAAACAUUCACCGUUCAACGGAAAAGCAACAGAUUAGAUGCAGGAAUUUUAAUAUUUAUGCGGGCUUUGUUAGAGCAUUGAUCGAACCUAGCAACAUUAUUUAGUAUUAACAGAUCGUACCGUGUGUUCAUUUAGCAAAAAUAAAAUGAAAAGCAACAACUAUUCAAAGGCAUUUGUCAGUAAUUACGGUGGCUGCAAACAGCCAACAGGCAAUAUUUAACUCAAGACACAAAGCAAACUAAUAAUAUUUUAAAACCGAUGAUACAAACACAAAAUCAAACUAAUAGAUUUUGGAAAUUAGUGAAAAGGACGUGGCAUACUAAACUUGAGAUAAUGUAAUAAUAGACGUGAACAUUAAAAUUCU